CCAACCCGCGGCUAUUCCUGAACAGUUAAAACUCGGGAAUAUCUCCAAAGCGGGAGAGAGUGUUGGGGAGAAACGCCGCGAAACUCAUACAAUCACAUCACAGCCGUUGAUUUUUCUUUUUCUUUUUAUUUUUUCCAAUUGUUUUUUGUCGCAUCGAACUCCAACCGUCCAUACUUCAACGGCGGUGGCUCUCCUCGCGUCUCCGCCGUCCGAUUACCGAUCUUUGGAGCUGCCUCUGUAUUGGAUUCGAAUUUGGUCGCUUUUGCGUUCCCUUCCUGGAAAGAACUGUGGAAAAAUGAACGAGAAAAUUAAGAUCAUAGAACUUGGUGGACAUGGCUGCCAGUAUGGAUGAAUAUUUGGGAAACCCCAUAAUCAGGCUACUCAUGCAUACUUGGUUAUAGAUUUUUGCAGCAUUAGCAGAUGGUGUCUUCAAUGUAGCAGUUUCACUUCUUCUCUCCUUUUUUGCUGCAAGCUUUCCAAUGUGACAAUUAAAGAAGCAAUUCUAAUUUCAUUUUUCUUGAUUAUGGUUGUCUUCUACGUUCCCACGUUCAUUGCUGGCAUUUGAAUUUGGUGACUGCAUGGGAGAAAGGCUGUCUGCUAUCGCCAUCUAUGUUGCAGGCUUCAAGGUCUUCAAUUUCUUCUCUUCAUUCCACGUGUCCUGAUCUGGACUAAUCUGAACACUCAGAUAUGGCAGUUGCAACUUUUAGAGAAGCCCUUAAUGGUGAUUGUUGUGGGAAUGAGAGACUGGAGAGAAAACCUUCUGGAAGGAGGCGUGUGUUUGUUCAGACUGAAACUGGCUUUGUUUUGGGUAUGGAAUUGGAUAGGAGUGACAAUGCCCAUACUGUAAAGAGGAAACUACAGCUUGCUCUUAAUAUUCCAACUGAGGAAAGGUCAUUGAUUUAUGGGGAUACGGUGUUAAAAAAUGAUCUGAGUACUGUGAGGAAUGAUUCUCCUCUUCUUCUGACCAAGAACUUCAUGCAUAGAAGUUCAUCUACCCCGUGUCUUUCACCUACUGUGAAGGAUGUUCAGCAGAGUGACCAGAGUGGUCCAAUUGAGGUAUUAGGAUUUUCAGAUCAUUUUGCCAGAGUAAAAGAAUUAGGGAAGGAAAUUAUGGAGGCAAUGAGGAUUGGGGUUGAUCCUAUUCCUAUUCAUAGUGGGCUUGGUGGGGCAUACUAUUUCAAAAAUUGUCAUGGUGAAAAUGUGGCAAUUGUAAAGCCCACUGAUGAGGAACCAUAUGCCCCUAAUAAUCCAAAAGGUUUUGUUGGCCAAGCUCUAGGGCAGCCAGGCUUGAAACGUUCAGUGCGGGUUGGGGAGACAGGCUUCAGAGAAGUAGCAGCUUACCUUCUUGACUAUGAUCACUUUGCUAAUGUGCCUUCAACUGCCCUUGUGAAGAUCACCCACUCAAUAUUCAAUGUUAAUUGUGGGGUAAAGGGAAACAAGCAGCAACACAGAAAGCAGGUUAGCAAAAUUGCAUCAUUGCAGCAGUUUAUACCUCAUGAUUUUGAUGCCAGUGAUUAUGGGACUUCUAGUUUUCCUGUUGCUGCUGUCCAUAGGAUCGGGAUAUUAGAUAUACGGAUAUUGAACACAGACAGACAUGCUGGGAACCUUCUGGUCAGGAAGCUUGAUGGGAUUGGGAGAUUUGGUCAGGUGGAGCUUGUUCCAAUUGACCAUGGCCUCUGCCUUCCAGAAAGCUUGGAGGAUCCUUACUAUGAAUGGAUCCAUUGGCCACAAGCAUCCAUUCCUUUUUCUGAGGAUGAACUUGAGUAUAUUAAUUGUCUUGACCCCUUAAAAGAUUCUGAUAUGCUUCGAAGGGAAUUGCCAAUGAUUCGUGAGGCAUGCCUCAGGGUCUUGGUGGUUUGCACAGUUUUCCUCAAGGAAGCAGCAGCUUUUGGUCUAUGUCUUGCUGAGAUUGGAGAGAUGAUGAGUAGGGAGUUUCGAGGCCACAUGGAAGAGCCUAGUGAACUUGAGCUUAUAUGCAUUCAGACGAGGAGCCUGUUAGGGGAGAUAGAAUGUCUUUCUUCUGAGGUGAAAGCAGCAGAUAGUGAGGAGUGUCAGUUUGACAUUGACUGUGAGGAGUUAGAUUCGACUUUGAAUAUAGGAGAGAAAUUGGAAAUGCAACCUCUAUGUCCAGGGUCCAGAGGUGUAAGAGUCCAAACUCCUCUUUCCAAGCUGAUGGAGAGUCCAGAGGAGGAGAAAGAAGAGGAGGAAAUUGAAGACGGUGAAGCGAAUGGGUUAAGUUUAAGAGCAGAUGAAUAUGCGGACUCCAAGCAGGACCACGUUCCAAACAAUGCGGAGAUGUCAGUAUUAAAAAAUAUCAGUAUUGGUAAGAAGAGUUGGCAACAUGACGGCAUGAUGCUCAAGAGCGGCUAUUUAGCUGGUACAUCAUCUGUAAAUAGGAGUGCAAAUGAGCAGCUUGCUGCGAGCAGCACUUUUGUGAAGCUGGCUGAUUUGACUGAAGGGGAGUGGAUGCAGUUCCUUGAGCAUUUCCAGAGGUUACUUUGCCCAGCUUUUGCUAACCGUAAAUCAGGGAACAUUGGUCAGAGGCAUAGACAGAGGCUUGGAACCUCUUGCCAGUUUUGAGGGUUAGUUAAUGAAUAUUAUAAAUGUGGGAAAUGAUAAUUUAAAAAAAAAUGCAAUGAGGAAUAUGCACAGGUGAUGUUGGUUGAGAGGUCACUUCUGAGGAGGAUGGAUUUCAUUUAUGAUUUGGAUAAUGUUGGCAAAACUUUUGGAGGUAAAACUGUGUCCUUAGCCGCUGGAGGUAAGGCCUAAGUAUUCACUCUUCUAUAUAUAAUCUCUCUUUCUUUUUUUUUUUUUUUUUUGGUUGGGUUGAACUGCUUCAUCUCCAUCGUUAUGAGCGUUGAGUAUAGCAAAAUAGUGUAUAGGGAAUAAAUAAGACAUGUAUAGGCGUGGUUGUCUUUAGGAGUUAAGACUAGUUCUCAGAUCAAUGUUGUGCCCUCCCUCUUGUAGUGAGGGAUGAGAAUAAUGGUUGGUUGUGGCUUGUAUGUCUUUUGAUGUUCGGUUUCUGAUGCAUAUGAUUUCUUAUGUUAA